CCCUUCUGGCCCAUCUCGCAAGUCCCGCACUACAUCCUUCGGCUCCUGGGCCCCGCCCCAGCCUCCCUCUUUUGCUUGUUGCCCCGCCCCCAACCAUCGGCCACACCCCCGGAUGGCCCCGCCCCUCGAAGCUCCACCCGCAGUAGCAGGGGGUAGGUGGCGGCUGGCCCAGCCGGGCCCCGCUGCCCUCUGCCCCGGGCGCUCGCUCCUAGCGGGCUGCGUACGGCGGGACAGGGCGAGCGCGGCGGCCCGGGGGCUCGGAGGCGAAGAUGGCGUCAGGCAGGCGCGCCCCGCGCACCGGGCUGCUGGAGCUGCGUGCCGGGGCGGGCUCGGGGGCCGGCGGCGAGCGGUGGCAGCGGGUGCUGCUCACCCUGGCGGAGGACGUUCUGACCGUGAGCCCCGCCGACGGCGAGCCCGGCCCGGAGCCUGGCGCCCCGCGGGAGCCGGAGCCCGCGCAGGUCAACGGCGCCGCCGAGCCGGGCACGGCGACCCCCCAGCUGCCCGAGGCGCUGCUGCUCCAGCGGCGCCGCGUGACGGUGCGCAAGGCCGACGCCGGUGGGCUGGGUAUCAGCAUCAAAGGUGGCCGGGAGAACAAGAUGCCUAUUCUCAUUUCUAAGAUCUUCAAGGGAUUGGCAGCUGACCAGACAGAGGCCCUCUUUGUGGGGGACGCCAUCUUGUCCGUGAAUGGGGAAGACUUGUCCUCUGCCACCCACGAUGAGGCAGUGCAGGCCCUCAAGAAGACAGGCAAGGAGGUGGUGCUGGAGGUCAAGUACAUGAAGGAGGUCUCACCGUAUUUCAAGAACUCUGCUGGCGGGACCUCUGUUGGCUGGGACUCGCCUCCCGCCUCACCCCUUCAGCGGCAGCCUUCCUCCCCUGGUCCCCCACCCCGGAACCUCGGCGAGGCCAAACACGUGUCCUUGAAGAUGGCAUAUGUCUCGAGGAGGUGCACCCCUACUGACCCGGAGCCCAGGUAUCUGGAGAUCUGUUCGGCAGAUGGCCAAGACACCCUCUUCCUGAGGGCCAAGGAUGAAGCAAGCGCAAGGUCGUGGGCAGGUGCCAUCCAAGCCCAGGUCAACGCCCUGGUGCCAUGGGUCAAGGACGAGCUGCAGGCACUGCUGGCGGCUACGGGCUCUGCUGGGAGCCAGGAUAUCAAGCAGAUCGGCUGGCUGACUGAGCAGCUGCCCAGUGGGGGCACAGCCCCCACCCUGGCCCUGCUGACCGAAAAGGAGCUGCUCCUCUACUGCUGUCUCCCCCAGACCCGUGAGGCCUUGAGCCGGCCGGCCCGCACUGCCCCGCUCAUCGCCACCAGACUGGUGCACUCUGGCCCCUCCAAGGGCUCGGUGCCCUACGACACAGAGCUCUCCUUUGCCCUACGCACGGGCACACGCCAUGGUGUGGACACUCACCUGUUCAGCGUGGAGUCACCACAGGAGCUGGCUGCCUGGACCCGCCAGCUAGUGGAUGGCUGUCACCGGGCCGCCGAGGGUGUGCAGGAGGUGUCUACAGCCUGCACGUGGAACGGCCGUCCCUGCAGCCUCUCUGUGCACAUUGACAAGGGCUUCACACUGUGGGCGGCUGAGCCAGGUGCGGCCCGAGCUGUGCUGCUCCGACAGCCCUUCGAGAAGCUGCAGAUGUCCUCAGAUGAUGGUGCCAGUCUCCUUUUCCUGGACUUUGGGGGUGCUGAAGGCGAGAUCCAGCUGGACCUGCACUCGUGUCCCAAAACCAUGGUCUUCAUCAUCCACUCCUUCCUCUCGGCCAAAGUCACCCGCCUGGGGCUCCUGGCCUAGAAGUCACCUGGUGCACUAGCCCUGAAGAAGGGGCGUCCAUCACAUGGCCUGGCCUGGGCCUCCACCGACUGCCUGCUCACCACCGGGCUGAGGGAAGGGAGAGGAGAGGAAACGGGCCUCAGAGACCCAGCCCCCGAGGGAGCUGCAUUGGUCUUGGGGACCAGCACCCAGACCCAGGACAUAGUGGGUCCUGCCUGUGACAGGGUGGCCUUCGCGCUGCCCACCUCCACCAGUGCCUUUUGCAGAGAGAUAUUUUGUGUACACAAAAGCCAUUCCGAGCCUGGAACCUGCCCCUGCGGGGAUCCUGACUCCAGCUAACAGCAGAACUGCCAGGCCUCCUAGAAGUCCCUAAGCCACCCCCAGAGGUCCCAUCUGAAGCUGGAGUCCCCUGGGGUCAGUGGCAAGAGAAGGAAGAGGAGUCUUUCUGUUCAUUUUCCCCUCAGCCUCACCACCUUGGGGCAUCUGGUUUUUCUCUUCAUCCUCUCUCUCUCCUCUUUAUUCUUGGGUAAAUAAACAGCCUGUGAGCACAUAGGCAGCCUGGC